CGAGCAUGAAUGAGCAUGAAUAUAGAGUAGAGCAUGGAGCGGGUGGCGCGUUUACGAAGCGCCUGAGACGCUUCCGAAAAUAGAACUAAGUUCCGUCUCCCUGAAGGCGAUUGUGUUUGGAAAUGGAACUGGAGAGAGAAGUUUCCAUCCAAUGCUUGGGUUGAUUGCUUUAGCGCGCAGAAAACGGGUGAAGCGUCAGGCCCAACCCCACUAUUACAUAGGGGUCCAAAUUUUAAUAUGCCAAAGCAAUGCAGCUUAG